AUGAGUGAUGCUGAGAUGGAAGUAUUUGGGGUGGCUGCCUCGUACCUCCGCAAGCCGGAGCGGGAGAGGAUUGCGGCACAGAUCAAACCAUUUGAUGCCAAAACGGCCUGCUUUGUGGCAGAUCUAAAGGUGGAGUAUGUGAAAGGCAAAAUCAAGAGCCAAGACAGCUCCAAGGUCACAGUGGAGACUGAGGAUGGGAGAGUUGUCACGGUGAAUCCGGAUGACAUCAGCCCCAUGAACCCUCCUAAAUUUGACAAGAUCGAGGACAUGGCCAUGUUGACCCAUCUCCAUGAGCCAGCCGUGCUGUUCAACCUCAAGGAGCGCUACGCUGCCUGGAUGAUCUAUACCUACUCUGGGCUGUUCUGUGUGACUGUGAACCCCUAUAAGUGGCUCCCGGUCUACAACCCAGAGGUGGUGGCUGGCUAUCGGGGCAAGAAGCGCCAGGAGGUCCCACCGCACAUUUUCUCCAUCUCUGACAAUGCCUAUCAGUUUAUGCUAACAGAUCGUGAAAACCAGUCCAUCCUUAUCACUGGAGAAUCUGGUGCAGGGAAGACUGUAAACACAAAGCGUGUCAUCCAGUAUUUUGCGACAAUCGCCAUGGCUGGAGGAAGUGAAAAGAAGAAGGAAAUCAAUGGGAAAAUGCAGGGAACCCUGGAGGAUCAAAUCAUCCAGGCCAACCCUCUGCUGGAGGCUUUUGGGAAUGCCAAGACUGUGAGGAACGACAACUCCUCUCGCUUUGGCAAAUUCAUCCGCAUCCACUUUGGCACAAAGGGGAAGCUGUCCUCGGCUGAUAUUGAGACUUACCUUCUGGAAAAAUCCAGGGUCACGUUUCAGCUCCUGGCAGAAAGGAGUUAUCACAUCUUCUAUCAGAUCAUGUCCAAUAAGAAGCCUGAAUUAAUUGAGAUGCUGCUCAUCACCACCAACCCAUAUGACUACCCUAUCAUCAGUCAGGGGGAAAUAAAGGUGCAAAGCAUCAAUGACACAGAAGAGCUCAUGGCCACAGAUAGUGCCAUUGAUAUCCUAGGCUUCAAUGCAGAGGAAAAACUUGGGAUCUACAAACUGACUGGUGCUGUGAUGCAUCAUGGGAACAUGAAGUUCAAGCAGAAGCAGCGUGAGGAACAGGCAGAGUCUGAUGGCACUGAGGUAGCUGACAAAGUUGCCUACCUCAUGGGCCUGAACUCUGCUGAUCUACUGAAAGCUGUGUGCUAUCCCAGAGUGAAGGUCGGGAAUGAAUAUGUCACCAAAGGACAGACAGUUCAACAGGUGAAUAACUCCAUGGGUGCCCUGUCUAAGGCAGUGUAUGAAAAACUGUUCUUGUGGAUGGUGACCAGAAUAAACCAGCAGCUAGACACCAAAUUGCCCAGGCAGCAUUUUAUUGGCGUUCUGGACAUAGCAGGCUUUGAGAUCUUUGAGAUGAACAGCCUGGAACAGCUCUGCAUCAAUUUCACUAAUGAGAAACUGCAACAGUUUUUCAAUCACCACAUGUUUGUGUUGGAACAAGAGGAAUACAAGAAGGAAGGAAUUGAGUGGGAGUUCAUUGACUUUGGAAUGGACUUGGCUGCCUGCAUUGAGCUUAUUGAGAAGCCAAUGGGUAUUUUCUCCAUCCUUGAAGAAGAGUGCAUGUUUCCAAAGGCAACAGACUGCUCCUUCAAGAACAAACUCUACGACCAGCAUCUUGGGAAGAACAGCAACUUCCAGAAGCCCAAGCCUGCCAAAGCCAAGGCAGAGGCCCACUUCACCCUGGUGCACUACGCUGGCACUGUGGACUACAACAUUGGUGGCUGGCUGGAGAAGAACAAGGACCCGCUGAAUGACACUGUGGUACAACUGUACCAGAAAGCUGCCCUGAAGCUAUUGUCUCAGUUGUUUGCAAAGUUUGUCUUAGUUGAUGGUGAGUUUACAUCAGCAAACCAAAAAGGAGCAAAAAAGAAGGGGUCCUCUUUCCAGACUGUCUCUGCACUUUUCAGGGAAAAUCUCAACAAGCUGAUGUCUAACCUGAGGUCCACACAUCCCCAUUUUGUGAGAUGCAUCAUCCCAAACGAAACCAAAACACCAGGGGCCAUGGAACACUACCUCGUUUUGCAUCAGCUGCGCUGUAACGGUGUGCUGGAGGGUAUCAGAAUCUGCAGGAAGGGGUUCCCAAGCAGGAUUAUAUAUUCUGACUUCAAGCAGAGAUACAGAAUCCUGAAUGCCAGUGCUAUCCCCGAGGGGCAGUUUAUCGACAGCAAAAAGGCAUCAGAGAAGCUACUGUCCUCCAUCGAUGUGGACCACGCCCAGUACAAAUUUGGAUACACUAAGGUGUUCUUUAAAGCUGGCCUGUUAGGUCUGCUGGAGGAGAUGAGAGAUGAGCGCCUGGCAGUGUUGUUGACUCGCAUCCAGGCUGUCUCCAGGGGCUACAUCACCAGGCAGAGGUUCAAGGAGAUGUCAAAGAAAAGGGAAUCAAUUUUCAUAAUUCAAUAUAACAUCCGGUCAUUCAUGAACGUGAAGAACUGGCCUUGGAUGAGGCUCUACUUCAAGAUCAAGCCCCUGUUGCGAAGUGCAGAGGCUGAGAAGGAGAUGCAGAACAUGAAAGAGGCGUUCUCAAAGGUCAAAGAUGAGUUUGCAAAGUCAGACGCCAGGAGGAAGGAACUUGAGGAGAAGAUGGUGGUCCUUGCUCAGGAGAAGAAUGACCUUUACCUCCAGAUUCAAGCGGAAAGAGAGAACCUCUCUGAUGCAGAAGAGAGAUGUGAGGGGUUGAUCAAGAGCAAGAUCCACCUAGAGGCAAAAACCAAGGAGUUCUCUGAGAGAAUUGAGGAAGAGGAGGUGUUCAAUGCAGAGAUCACUGCCAGGAAGAGGAAACUGGAGGAUGAAUGCUCCGAGCUCAAAAGGGAUAUAGAUGACCUGGAGCUCACUAUUGCCAAGGUUGAGAAGGAGAAAUAUGCCACAGAAAAUAAGGUGAAAAAUUUGACAGAGGAGUUGACCACAUUAGAGGAAAAUCUUCUGAAGUCUUCAAAGGAGAUCAAGGCAUUGCAAGAGGUGCAUCAGCAGACCCUGGAUGACCUCCAGGCAGAGGAGGACAAAGUCAACACUCUGACUAAGACAAAGGUCAAGCUAGAGCAACAGGUUGAUGAUCUUGAGGGAUCUCUAGAGCAGGAGAAGAAGGUGCGUGCAGAUUUGGAAAGAGCCAAAAGAAAACUUGAGGGAGAUCUCAAGCUGUCACAGGAAAAUGUUAUGGACCUGGAGAAUGAAAGACAACAAAUGGAUGAACGAUUAAAAAAGAAGGAUUUAGAGUUCAGUUACCUGCAAGGUAGAUUUGAGGAUGAACAAAUACUGAGCACUCAACUUCAGAAGAAAAUAAAGGAGUUUCAGGCUCGCAUUGAGGAACUCGAAGAGGAAAUCGAAGCAGAGCGCUCUGCUCGGGCCAAGAUAGAGAAGCAAAGGUCUGAUUUCUCCAGGGAACUUGAGGAGAUCAGUGAGAGACUGGAAGAAGCUGGUGGAGCCACUGCUUCCCAGAUUGAGGCAAACAAGAAGCGCGAAAGUGAGUUUCAGAGGCUGCGUCGUGAUCUCGAAGAGUCAACCCUGCAGCAUGAGUCAAUCACUGCUGCUCUCCGCAAGAAGCAGGCAGACAGCGUGGCAGAACUGGGAGAACAAAUAGACAACCUCCACAGAGUUAAGCAGAAACUGGAGAAGGAGAAAAGUGAAUACAAGAUGGAAAUUGAUGACUUGGCCAGCAACGUGGAGAGUGUCCUCAAAAGCAAGGCUAACCUUGAGAAACUGUGCAGAACUCUUGAAGACCAAAGUAAUGAGUACAAGAACAAAUGUGACGAGGCCCAUGAGUCUCUAAAUGAUUACACUGCCCUGAAUGCUCGCUUGCAAACAGAAAAUGGUGAGCUCACACGCCAUCUUGAGGAGAAGAAGUUAACUGUGUCCCAGCUGACCAGAGUGAAACUAGUGUGCAGUCAACAGAUUGAAGAGCUGAAGAGACUUUUGGAGGAGGAAGUUAAGGCUAAGAAUGCCCUGGCCCAUGGUUUACAAUCAACCCGCCAUGACUGUGACCUGCUCCGGGAGCAGUAUGAGGAGGAGCAGGAGUCCAAGGUUGAGCUGCAGAGGAGCAUGUCCAAGGCCAACAGUGAGGUAGCUCUGUGGAGAACCAAGUAUGAGACUGAUGCCAUCCAGCGCACUGAGGAACUUGAGGAUGCUAAGAGGAAGCUUGCCCAGCGCCUCCAGGAUUCUGAAGAGCAGACAGAGGCAAUGAACGCAAAGUGUGCCUCACUGGAGGAGACCAAGCAGAGACUACAAGCAGAGGUGGAGGACCUCAUGGUCGAGAUGGAGAGGUCCAAUUCAGCCAUUGUCACCCUGGACAAGAAACAGAGGAACUUUGACAAUGUUCUUGCUGAAUGGAAACAGAAGUAUGAAGAGACCCAGUCUGAGCUGGACGGCUCACAAAGGGAGUUCAGGUCUCUGAGCACAGAGCUAUUCAAGAUAAAAAACUCAUUUGAAGAAGCCCUGGAUCACUUAGAGAACAUGAAGAGAGAGAAUAAGAACCUUCAACAGGAGAUAACAGAUAUCACUGAACAAGUGGGACAAUCUGCAAAGACCUUCCAUGAACUGGAUAAGGCAGCGAAACAAGCUGAACAGGACAAGAUGGACACCCAAACAGCUCUUGAAGAAGCUGAGUCCUCCCUUGAACAUGAAGAGGCCAAGAUGCUCCACCUUCAACUGGAGUUGAACCAGAUCAAGUCAGAGGUUGACAGAAAGGUGGCAGAGAAAGAUGAGGAAAUAGACCAGCUGAAGAGGAACCAUCAGAGGACCGUGGACACCCUGCAGAGUGCUCUAGAUUCUGAGACCCGCAGCAGAAACGAUGCCGUCAGAGUCAAGAAGAAGAUGGAAGGGGACCUAAAUGAGAUGGAGAUUCAGCUGUGCCAUGCCAACCACCAAGCAGCUGAUGCUACCAAGCAGCUCAGAAACAUCCAGGGCCAGCUCAAAGACUCUCAGGUCCAUUUGGACGAUGCCCUCCAUGGGCAGGAGGACCUGAAGGAACAGCUAGCCAUUGUAGAACGCCGCAAUACACUGAUGAUGGCAGAGAUUGAGGAGAUGAAGGCAGCACUAGAGCAGUCCGAGAGGUGCCGUAAACUGGCCGAGCAGGAGCUGGUCGACGUGAGCGAGAGGAUGCACCUGUUGCACUCUCAGAGCACUAGUCUCAUCAGCACAAAAAAGAAGAUGGAGUCUGACAUAACUCAGCUGCAAUCAGAGGUGGAAGAUGUAGUCCAAGAAGCAAGAAAUGCAGAUGAGAAAGCUAAAAAGGCUAUUAUAGAUGCUGCCAUGAUGGCUGAGGAGCUGAAGAAGGAGCAGGACACCAGCGCUCACAUGGAGAGGAUGAAGAAGAACCUGGAGGUCACUGUUAAAGACUUGCAGCAGCGUCUGGAUGAGACUGAGCAGUUAGCCAUGAAAGGUGGGAAAAAAGAGCUCCAGAAACUAGAGACCAGGGUUAGAGAGGUGGAGAAUGAACUGGAGGCAGAGCAGAAACGUGGUGUGGAAGCCAUGAAGGGUGUGCGGAAAUAUGAGAGAAAAGUCAAGGAGCUCACAUAUCAGGGUGAGGAAGACAAGAAGAAUGCAGACAGACUGCAGGACUUGGUCAACAAGCUGCAGCUGAGGGUGAAAGCUUACAAAAGGCAGUGUGAGGAGGCGGAGGAGCAGACCAGUAUCAAUUUGGCCAAAUCCAGGAAGGUGCAACAUGAGCUUGACGAAGCUGAGGAGCGGGCAGACAUAGCAGAAUCCCAAGUGAACAAAUUAAGAGCUAAGAGUUGUGAUGUUGGUGGCAAGAGAGAAGAAUAGAGAUAUGGGCAUCUUCUGCUGAUGGUGCUGUAAUUCAUGUUUAGAAUUACAAUAACUCAGACAUAGAAUGUAGAUACAGUAUACAGUAAUUAUUGUUGCAAAGAUACAUGCCUGCUUACACUAUUGUACGUACCUGUAUGUUAGCAUUCCCUGUGCUAUAGUUUGACCACCAUGCUUAGAUGUUCUGCUUAAAAGCAGAAAAUGGCAUUACAAUGAAAUACAGUACAAAUCAAUUUUACUUAUAAAACUAUAAUUAAAUACUGCAAAGUA